UAGAAUGUCAUAGUAUCCCUUCUUUCGCCGGCCGAGGAGGGAAUCACCGACGGAAGAACCAAGACAACUCGAAGAGUGGCGUUUGCUUCGUAGUUCUGAAUCUCACUGGAGAUUUAGAGAGAGAGAUGGAGGAAUCGCAAGAAAUUCUACUGAAGUCGCUGGCGAAGUCAGGUGUUCAGAUCCCGCCGGAAGUGUCUUCCAUCGGUGACCUAACGCCGGCCACGUUGGUCGCCGUCUGUGCACAGUCGCUCCGCUUCAUCGACGAGACGAAGACAGCGUCGUUUUCCGUCUCCCUUCCAGACUCCAUGGCCGACCGCUUCAAGAUCUGUACGGACUUGGCCAACGCCUUCACUGACCUCGGUUUCAUCGGCGACAUCAGCUUCCACAAGUUCCUGUAUCCAUCUGAAGAGGACUUGUAUACAUUGAUGAGGUUCUUAGUGAAGAAGCUGUCUGAAUUGCCAGAAGAAGUAGAAGUUGUUGACAAAAGGAAGGACAAUGUAUUCAAAGAUACUCUGGAUUUGUCUGAACAGUCUGAUAUUCACAGGGUGGAUCAGAAUUCUAAUGGAGUUACAACCAGAUUAAAAGAUCUGAGACUGAACACUGAAAUGCCAGAAACAUCUAAUUUCAGAUCCACAGUUAAAGGUUCCAGCAAGGAGGAUUUAGGAAGUGUAGAAGAUGACAGAGAGUCAAUGGAACAACUUGGGGGCUCCAUAAUUGAAGAAUGUGCAGAUCCAAUGGAUGAAAAGGAUGCAUCUGAGAUUGAGCAAAAACUAAAUUCUGUAAGAAAGGAGUCAUGUGAGAUAAGAUACAAGAUUGGAAAAUUAAGAAGUCUGGAAAAAGUGCUCGUGGAGGAAGCAAGUGCAAAGACCCUAGAAGUACAGCAUCUAGAAGAAGAACAUGAGUUGUUGAAAUCAGCAGCAGAAAUGGCGUUUAAUGAUCAAGACACUGCUGACUUCUACAUUCUACAGCUUAAUGAUCAGAUAGAUGAAAGAAGGCGUCAUCUAACUGAGCUGGAGAAACAAUCGCAUGCCCUCAGAAAGCCCUUGGAAGAGAAGAGGAAAAGCUUAGAGGAAGCUCUGUAUGCUUCACAACCCGAGUCUCUGGAAAAGCUGAAAAAGAUGGAAAAAGUUGAGCUGGAAACUGAAGCUGUCCUAUUUGAAACUAAAAAGAGGGUGGAAGAACGUUCUAAACUCUCUGCAGAUCUUGAGAAUCAACCCAAACUGGCAUCGAGGAAGUCCUACAUAGAGCGGGUCACGGAGAUCACCAAGAACAGCGGGAAACAAGACUCAGACAUAGAACGGAUAUUAAGAGAGACCAGGGAGCUCCAACUAGAGAGCAACUACAUCCAAGAACGCCUAAAUAGAACUUUUGCUGUUGUGGACGAGACGGUUUUCAGGGAAGCAAAGAAAAACCCGGUGGCGCGACAAGCUUAUAGGCUAUUAACCAGCAUUCAUGAGAGCUUUGAACAGAUAUCGGAUAAUAUCCUUACCACUGAUAGAAUACGUAGGGAAGUGACUGAAUAUGAAGCCAAACUUUCAGCAUUGGCCCGUCGAAGCUUCAAAGUUGACAAACUUAAAGCAGAUCUUGAUGCCAUCAGGAGAGAAAACGAGCUCAUAGAGAAACGACUCAAUAAUUCGCAAAAUGCCGCGGAUUGUUGACGUUCUUGUUCUUGUGGCCUGCAAUUGCAAGAUCUUUUUGUCAUUUUGUAAACUUGCUCAUUCCUCUUUAUUAACGACGAAGAAUGCAUUUCUUCUCUUGUCAUUGCACUCCCCGAGUUUGUAUUCGGUGGAUUUGGUAACUGAUUUGAGUUGUAUAGGCUGAAUUCUUCUAAAGAGCUGGGAAAAUGUGCUGCUUUUAAUUGGUUUGGUUAAGAAA